AUGUCUCCAUCUACGGAUAGCGCGGCCUCGCAAUGGCUAGAGCAGCUGGCUGCCAUGCGAGCGGCUAUCGCAGAUCUGAAGCUACCUGCAGCGAACGGGGAUGCCGAUAGCUAUAAACCUCCCAACGACCUGGACUCGGACAACAAUGUCGUAUCACCUGGAUCGCCACUCGAUGAUAUCUGGGAUUUGAUCAGCGAGGAUGAGGAGGAGUUCAGUGACGAAAGUGUCUCUCCAGAGCGUCCCUCUAGUGUUGAAAAUGUGGUGGCGAGUGUUGGCUCGCAGGACUGGUUGACCAGGGGUUGUGAGGCUGUAGCUCGCAGUGGAGGUGGUCUCGAUGCUACUUCACUGCAAGAGCAUAUAUCGGCAGUAUUGGCAUCAGACAGCAGCGAUGAUGAGCUCCAGAUGACGCUGGCGGAUGUCGUUGGCUUCGACCAUUUAGACCUGGUCUCCGAGAUCAUUGAACAUCGCAAGCAAUUACUCAAGCAGCCCAGCAAACCAGCGUCCGGCCUCUUAACCAAAGCAGAACGGGAUGCUCGUCUCCGUCAAGCCGAUGCUAAGCAUAAGAGCGCCAACCUUUCCGCCGCUCAGAAUCGUUCUGGUGAGGAGUAUCCACACGUCUACCGCGCGCACGAAGCUGGCAACACUCUGUCCUCGCACGGUAAGAGAUACACACUUCCUAUGGGAAGUGAGCGGAUCGAGAAGGAAAGGUAUGAAGAGUACAGCAUACCCGCCACCAAAGUCGGCACACUUGCCCGACAGCAAAAGUUGGUAGAAAUAUCAGAUCUUGAUGGUCUUUGCAAACGAACAUUCAAGGGCUACAAAGCACUCAACCGCAUGCAAAGUUUGGUGUAUCCUGUCGCAUACCAGACGAGCGAGAACAUGCUCAUCUGUGCUCCCACAGGUGCAGGUAAGACGGAUGCCGCUAUGCUCACCAUCCUUAACACGGUGGCAAAGAAUAUUCACCCCAGCCCCGUGGAUCAUCCAGAGGCCACAGAAUUCGUAGUUCAGAAGGAUGAUUUCAAGGUUGUCUAUGUUGCUCCUAUGAAGGCACUAGCCGCUGAGAUCACCGACAAGCUGAGCAAGCGUCUGGCCUGGCUCGGGAUCCAAGUCCGCGAGUUGACUGGAGAUAUGCAGCUCACAAAGGCCGAGAUUGUGCAGACUCAGAUUAUCGUCACGACUCCGGAGAAGUGGGAUGUGGUUACUCGGAAGAGCACUGGCGAUACAGAGCUCGUGCAGAAAGUGCGUUUGCUCAUCAUUGAUGAGGUACACAUGCUCCACGACGAACGUGGUGCCGUGCUGGAGUCCCUAGUGGCAAGAACAGAGAGGCAAGUAGAGAGCACCCAAUCUCUCAUCCGCAUCGUUGGCCUAAGCGCUACCCUCCCCAACUACGUCGACGUCGCCGAUUUUCUCAAAGUAAAUCGCAUGGCCGGCCUCUUCUACUUUGACGGCUCCUUCCGCCCUGUCCCACUUGAACAGCACUUUCUGGGCGUCAAAGGCAAGCCAGGCUCAAAGGCAAGCAGAGAGAAUGUCGAUCGUACCGCUUUCGAGAAAGUCAAGGAACAGCUUGAGCAGGGACAUCAGACUAUGGUGUUUGUGCACAGCCGGAAGGAUACGGUAAAGACUGCUAGGAUGUUGCUUGAGAUGGCGCAGGAAGAGGGGUUGAACGAUCUUUUCGAUCCGACGGGACAUGAGGGGUAUAGCAAUGCUGUGAGGGACGUCAAGCAGUCGAAGGGAAAGGAGAUCAGGGAGUUAGUCGCGAAGGGACUGGGUACUCACCACGCUGGUAUGCCACGAUCUGAUCGAAACUUGGUUGAACGACUAUUUGGCGAGGGUGUGCUCAAGGUGCUUUGCUGUACUGCAACCCUGGCCUGGGGUGUGAACUUGCCAGCAGCAGCUGUAGUCAUCAAAGGCACUCAGCUCUACAGCGCUGAAGCAGGUAAGUUCGUUGAUCUGGGCAUCCUUGACGUCUUGCAGAUCUUCGGCCGCGCUGGUCGACCUCAGUUUCAGGACACUGGUAUCGGCAUGAUCAUCACGACUCAGGACAAGCUUCAGCAUUACUUGACUGCUGUGACACAGCAGCAGCCCAUCGAGUCGCAAUUUAGUCGCAAGAUGGUGGACAAUCUGAAUGCUGAGAUUGCUUUGGGUACUGUGACGAGUGUGCCGGAAGCAAUCACCUGGCUUGGAUACAGCUACUUGUUUGUUCGGAUGCGUCGCAACCCCAUAGCUUACGGUAUCGAUUGGAGCGAGAUCCAGAACGAUCCGAAUCUGGUUCAGCGACGACGAGAACUUAUCGUAAAAGCCGCACGGAUUCUGCAGCAGAGCCAGAUGAUCAUCUUCAAUGAGACAACCGAAGAGCUGCGAGCUAAAGACGUCGGACGUAUCGCAUCACAAUUCUAUGUCCUGCAGACCAGCAUCGAGAUCUUUAACACCAUGAUGAGACCUCAUGCUACAGAAGCCGACACACUCAAGAUGAUCGCUAUGUCGGGCGAAUUCGACAACAUCCAAUCCCGCGACACGGAAGAAAAAGAACUCAUGCGCCUGAAAGAAGAGGCAGCACCUUGCGACAUCGAAGGAGGCAUCGGCACUCAACAAGGCAAAACCAACGUCCUCCUCCAAUCCUACAUCUCCAAAGCUAAUCUCGAGGAUUUCACUUUGGUCAGCGAUACCGCCUAUGUCGCACAGAACGCAGCCAGGAUCUGUCGGGCCUUGUUCAUGAUAGCGCUCAAUCGGCGUUGGGGUUAUCAGUGUUUGGUCUUGUUGAGUAUGUGUAAGAGCAUCGAGAAGAGAGUCUGGGCGUAUGAGCAUCCCUUCAGACAAUUUGACCUACCGCAAGCGGUGUUGAAGAAUCUCGAUGAGAAGGGGAGUUCGGCUAGUAUUGACUCCCUGCGCGACAUGGAGCCGGCGGAGAUUGGAAGUCUGGUCCAUAAUCAGCGGAUGGGGACGACGAUUGCGAAGUUGCUGGAUAAUUUCCCGACCUUGACUGUUGAGGCAGAGAUUGCACCUCUUAAUCGCGAUGUUCUGAGGGUCAAGCUAUUUGUUACGCCGGACUUCAGGUGGAAUGAUCGGCAUCAUGGGAAGAGCGAGAGCUAUUGGAUCUGGGUGGAGAACGGCGAAACGAGUGAGAUCUAUCAUCAUGAAUUCUUCAUUCUCAGCAGAAGGAAGUUGUAUGAUGAUCAUGAGCUGAACUUCACGAUACCACUGAGCGAUCCGCUGCCCAGUCAGAUCUAUGUUCGAGCUGUCAGCGAUCGAUGGUUGGGCGCUGAGACAGUGACGCCGGUCAGCUUUCAGCAUCUCAUCCGUCCGGACACGGAGAGCGUGUACACCGACCUCCUUAACUUGCAACCUCUGCCAGUGAAAGCACUGAAGAACCCUCUCCUCGAAGAAAUCUAUGGCCAGCGCUUCGAAUUCUUUAAUCCCAUGCAGACACAGCUCUUCCACUGCAUGUACCACACUCCCGCCAACGUCCUCUUGGGCAGUCCGACAGGAUCAGGCAAGACGAUUGCUUGCGAGUUAGCGAUGUGGUGGGCUUUCCGGGAGAAGCCGGGGAGUAAAGUCGUCUACAUCGCUCCCAUGAAGGCUCUCGUGCGCGAGCGUGUCAAGGACUGGGAGAAACGGCUCACCAGACAAAUGGGGCUCAAGCUUGUAGAGCUGACGGGUGAUAACACACCGGAUACGAGGACGAUUAGGGAUGCAGAUAUAAUUGUCACGACGCCGGAGAAGUGGGAUGGCAUCAGUCGUAGCUGGCAGACGAGGAGUUAUGUUCAGCAAGUCAGCCUCGUCAUCAUCGAUGAGAUCCAUUUACUUGGUGGUGAUCGAGGACCGAUUCUGGAGAUUAUCGUGAGUCGGAUGAACUACAUCGCUAGUCAGAAAAAGGGUUCUGUGAGGCUGGUGGGCAUGUCGACUGCUUGCGCUAAUGCUAUGGAUCUUGCCAACUGGCUCGGGGUAAAGGAGGGUCUGUUCAACUUCCGGCACUCCGUGAGACCUGUUCCGUUGGAGAUCUUCAUCGAUGGGUUUCCGCAACAGAGGGGGUUUUGCCCACUAAUGCAGAGCAUGAAUCGGCCGACUUUCCUGGCGAUCAAAUCGCAUUCGCCUGACAAGCCCGUUAUCGUCUUCGUGGCGUCUCGGCGACAAACGAGGCUCACGGCUCGCGAUCUUAUCAACUUCUGUGGUAUGGAGGAUAACCCACGACGGUUCGUGCGCAUGUCUGAGGAGGAUCUGGCGCUGAACCUGUCUCGUGUCAAGGAUGAGGCGCUCAGAGAGGCUUUGAGUUUCGGUAUCGGUCUGCAUCAUGCUGGGCUCGUGGAGUCGGAUCGCCAGCUUGCGGAGGAGUUGUUCGCGAAUAACAAGACUCAGAUUCUUGUUGCUACUUCGACGCUGGCCUGGGGUGUCAAUUUGCCUGCUCAUCUUGUUGUUGUCAAGGGCACGCAGUUCUUCGAUGCCAAAAUUGAGGGCUACAAAGAUAUGGAUCUGACGGAUGUGCUGCAGAUGCUCGGUCGUGCUGGAAGGCCUCAGUUCGAUACUUCUGGUAUUGCGAGGAUCUUUACGCAGGAGAGCAAGAAGGCUUUCUACAAGCAUUUUCUGCAUACUGGAUUUCCUGUUGAGAGCAGCCUGCACAACGUCCUGGACAAUCACUUGGGCGCUGAAGUGAGCGCAGAAACGAUUGCCACGAAGCAGGAUGCGCUGGACUACUUGACCUGGACGUUCUUCUUCCGCCGGUUGCACAAGAAUCCUUCGUACUAUGGUCUGGAGAUUUCGGCAGAGGAGAACAACACUACCGCCGCACAGCAGGCUGCAAGCGACUACAUGAUCGAAAUGGUGGACAAGUCGCUCGGCGAGCUGGCAGAGUCGCAGUGCUUGAUGCUGCACAGCAAUGGCGAUGUCGAUCCCACACCGUUGGGCAAGAUCAUGAGUUACUACUACUUGGCUCACAAGACGAUUCGCAUGCUUACCAAACAUGCCAAGCCUACUGCUACUUUCGAGGAUGUUUUGAGCUGGAUGUGCAGAGCGACUGAGUACGAUGAGCUCCCUGUCCGCCAUAACGAAGAUCUGAUCAAUGUUGAGCUGUCAAAUAAUCUACCAUUGAAGGCUGAGACAUUCGGUCUACCAAUGUGGGAUCCGCACGUCAAGGCCUUCUUACUGCUGCAGGCGUAUUUCGAGCGUGUCGAGCUACCCAUCAGUGAUUAUGUGGGUGACCAGAACUCUGUACUGGACCAAGCGAUCCGUAUCAUCCAGGCUAGCAUCGACGUCCUCACCGAGAUGGGUCAUCUGCAGAGUUGUCUAAUGAUGAUUACGCUGCUGCAGUGUAUCAAGAGUGCACGAUGGCCUGAGGACGGUCCACUAGCCAUCUUUCCUGGUGUUGAGAUUGAGAAGGAGAAGUCCAGGCAGGGCAAACCCAGUAACUUGAUUGAAGCUACAACCUUGCCACGGAACGAAAUGGCUACAGCAUUGAAGAAGCUCGGUCUACCCGAGGUAUCCCAUGCUCGAGUCUUCAAGGCUCUUGGACAGCUGCCCCAGCUCAGAGUAGGCGUAGCAGAUGUCAAUGCUCUAGGGCUGACAGUCACACUCGCACGCCAGAACCCGGUGCAGAACCGCGAGAACCAUAUCUUUGCGCCCAAGUACCCGAAGCCGCAAACCGAAGGCUACUUCGUCAUUGUCUCGGAUGCUGCGAAUGGCGAUAUCAUGGGCCUGAAGCGUGUGAGCUGGCCUUCGGCAGACAAGAGUAGAGGUGGCAACCCUGGCAGACCGGCCACAAAGGCGAAUAUCAAACUGCCCGGUAGUGCUGUGGAGCGGAAGAUGAAGGUACUGGUCGUUAGUGAUAGUUAUAUAGGAAUGGAGUGGAGGAUGGAUGAGAUUGAGGUGCCUGCUCCGCCCAUGGUUGUGGAUGAUGGUUUGAAGAAGGAGGCAAAGGCACAGGACAUCGAUGUGCUUAACACGGCUAUACAAAGUCUUGCGCUCGGCACGACUGGUACCACAGAAGGCACAAAGGCUCUCGAAAGCCUGGCCCAAAGCAGCCGAACAGACCUCGAGAAGAGAGCGCAACUAGCACAACCAGAAGUCAUUCGGACUCUUAUCACGGCCAUCGAUGCUGGACUUGAUCACUCCGUCGAGGUAGCAGAGCUUGGGCUUCGCUGUAUCGGCAAUGCCUGCAUCGACAAUGACGACGCACGAACCACUGUCACGCAAUCUGGCUUUUCUUGGGCUUCUCCGUGUCUAGCUUCUGGAGAUACAGGCCUGGCGUGGCUCACAGUGAAGGUUCUCUACAAUAUCUGCUCGGACCACGAUGGAGCACAACAACAAUGCUACCGAGAUUACAUCCAUUACCCUCUGAUACGACUAUACACCAACACCGACUUGGUAAGGGAAGAAGAUAGAUCGCUACUUACUGAUCUCCUCUUCUGGAUAUCAGGCCAGCGAGACGGACUUUCGGAUGGCGCUCCAGACCCGAUUCUGCAGGAGAUUCUGGUCAACCUCGUGUCCCUGCCCAUUGUCCAUGGCAGUGUUGUGGAUACGGAGGACCUAGCCACGUUGCUUGAAAUUACCUUGACAUUCAUCCGAGAUUCUGCGGUGCAAGACCAGCUUGUGGAGAGUAAAUUGGUGAAGUCCGUUUGGCAGGAGUUUAUGUAUUGCGAGAAGCGCUCGCAGGAGAGCUCUGAGGCACACGAAGUGCUUAGACCUCUGUCAUCGAGUUUGCUAUGGUGUCUCAGCGACAUUGCUGCCAACGAGAACUUUUCGCAGCAGUACGAUCUGGAGGAUGGCCUUAUCGUGCAUCUAUGCAACAUCAUAAGAACUGGGCAGACAGGUCCUGAUGGUUCUGCAGGAGAACCAUCGUCCAUGGAACAGAGAGCGGAGCAUACCAGCGACCGUUGUAUGGCUGCUGCAUGUCAGGUCAUUGGUAAUUUGAUCCGGAAGCUGGAUGAGGGCAUCGUCGCAGAGCUUACCAUCAAGCGAAAGCUACACGAGGAGCUGUGGCAGCGUCUUACCACGCCGGAGGAUGACAGUGAUCAUGAUAUCGAGCAUUCAAUAGCUGGCUUACUUGUACAGCUAAGCAGACCAUCCGCGGAGGUGCGAGAUACUAUGGGCAGAGACACAAAUGCACAUGAUGCUCUCGCAAGACUUUGUCAAAGUCAGACACCGCAGAUCAAGCAAGAUGGCGUAAGGCUUCUCAGAGCACUCGGAAAAGAUUGCUCAAGCAAUCAAGAACGAUUUGGGAGAUUAGCGGCGGAGGCAAUGAUGGACGACAGCCAACAAGAUGCUCCUAUGCUAGACGCUCCGGCAUGA